AGGUUGCGUCGUGAUACCUUUCAGUAUGUUUUAUUUUUGAUAAGGGAAGAUUUAGAAGGAAAUAUGAUUGGAUUAGGGAAGAUACCGAUUAGUCCUGAAAAACAAUUUCUAACAGCAUUAUAUAUUCUUGGAACUCCAGAUUCUUAUAGAUCAGUGACCACAAAAUUUAAUAUUGGGAAAGCAACAGCAUGGCGAGCAGUGAAAAGAGUGGUUAAGGCUAUAUGUAACUUACGGAAUUAUUUUAUUCGAUGGCCAUCUUACGAAGAAGCACAAGAAACUUGUGGAAGAAUUAAAGGAUUAUAUGGUUUUCCUAAAGUAAUUGGAGCACUUGACGGCACACAUAUAAUUAUUGCUGCUCCAAAAAAUGAUCUACAAAGUUACAUAAAUCGGAAAGGUGUUUAUUCCAUUCAACUACAAGUUGUUUGUAAUGACCGUUUGGAAUUUCUGCACUGCUACACUGGACUUCCAGGAUCUGUUCACGACAUGCGUGUGUUUAAAUACUCUGGGUUACAGCAAAAGUGCAGCGAUGAGUACUUUCCUCAGGAUACACAUCUCUUGGGAGAUUCUGCUUACACACUCCAAAAACACAUUAUGGUUCCAUAUACAGAUAAUGGUCACCUUACAGUAAAGCAAGUAUACUUUAACAAAGUAUUAUCCAGAACACGCAUGAUGGUGGAACGUUCAAUAGGACUAUUAAAAUCAAGAUGGAGAUAUUUCCUGGAUAAGCUUCCCAUGAGACGGACUGACCUUAUACCAUAUUACAUUGUUUGUGCAUGUGUUUUGCACAACAUAUGUUUGAAACGUAAUGAUACUUUUGAGUAUCCCUUGAUAAUUCCAGACAAUAUUGAUAGAAAUCCAGAGCCUCUUGAUUUAAAUAAUAUACAGAAACAAGAAGGAGUAAUUAAAAGAGACAAUAUUAAAAAUGAACUCAAUGUAAAUAUUUAUUAAUUAAAUUGCAAUUUAAUCUUGUAUUAAUUAUUUUAAAACUAUAUUAAAAGUUUGUGUAUAAAUUUUUGGUAAUAAAGCUAUUAUUAUGUCAUAAA